UAUCUCACAAAAGCGUUUUUAUUUCUGAUAAUACUAGUCAGCCAAAGCGAUGAGUUUCCAAAUUUCGAUGUUGAAAAAAUGCAACGUAAUCUGGAAUCUGAUAAUUUGAAUAUAACUCGUGAGGAAGAUGAUUUCGAUGCCAUUAACCGUUGGUUCGAUUACAAUGUUCUUGAGCGUCAUGGACAACUGCUACUUUUAAUAGCUUGUCGCCAGCUUACCCAAGUCGAAGUGAACUUUCUGUUGACACACAUACAUACACUACCUGGUUGAGAGCUGCUGGCGUGGAUCAGAAAGCCUGCACCGCGAUCAAAAAUAAAUAUGCGAUUUACAGAACCACGUGGGAUCGGUGCUGCUUAUUCUGAUGAAAAAACAUUGCUGGCGGUUUGCUCAGAGGAAACAGAGAUGAAUCCCAAGCUGCUGCAAUAUAACAAAGCUGAGGAUAAGUGGCAAGAAUACGCGAGUAUAGAAAUCGAUUAGCAAUGAUAUACGACUUCCGAGUUCGUAUGGGAGUUCGUAACAACAAACCACAUGGUGCAAGAUAUAUUAAGUUGAUUUUUGCCUAUCGCUUGAUGUCAAUCUAAAUAUUCUUAACGAAAUUUCGCAGAUUUGCUCUUUGGAAGCUUACGGUGGUUUUAUAGCUUGCGUAUUGCUGGAUAAUAAACUAUGGGCUUUUACUGCAAAUUCUUUCCUAGGAAGACAUAUGAAUCAGUAUAUGACGAGGAAAAUGGCCGUUGGGGACAAAAGUGCUCACUACCCGAAAGAAGUAUUCAUUCCUGUUUUGUUGCGCCUUAAGACGUCGAAAUGAAAGAUCAAUAUUAAUAAAUAUAUAUCUUGUAAUAAAAGCUCUUAUAAGAAAUACCAGAGAUAUUUUUGAUAUUCUCGUA